AUGAAACUGCUGCUGCUGCUGCUAGGAGUUCUAGCCGUUUGCCUUGGACAGCUUCAAGCUGGUCCGGUGGCUCUCCCAUCGAAAGAUGUCCCUUCUUUGGACACUCGAGCACGGUUCUUCUCCGACUUUAACAACCUGCUGAAUGGAAUUGCGAAGGAAGCGCUCGCAAGCCUUACCUCGCUGGAACAAAACACAGGCAAGCAGUUCCGUUCGGUUGAAGAGGCGAUCCAGGAUUUGGAGCAGCUUUACAACGAGAAGGUGCUGAAGGAAGUCGCUAGUUACGACGGAGCACUGGACGAGCUCAAGUCGAAAGUGUCGCCGUGCUUCUCGGAAGUGCCUCAGGACAUCCGAAACAUUGUGGAGGAUGCACGGGAUAAAGCGGCUGUGUGUGGCAAGGAAACGUUGGAGCGUGUGCGCGCGAUCGAGAGCAAUAUUCGUGAUCAUGUGGCGGCUGGUGCCGUGAAGGUGAAGGAAAUUAUUGCAAUCGGACAGAAGUGCCUGUCGGAGAACUCUUGGAUUGGGGAUCAGAUCAACUGUGCGCUGCAGAAUGCUCCGGCAGCAGUUAGCAUCGUGGAGGGAGUCGUGCGUGAUGCCGCUGUUCUCAUUGGACAAACUUCCCGAGAAGUGUCCGUGCUGGCCAAAGACACUGAGCAAUGUUUGGGAGUAGCAGUACAGGACGCGGCGGUCAAUUUUAACGAUAUGCUAACGAAGGUGGUCGAUUGUUUGGAUGAGAGUGGAGAUAACGCCGGAAACUAA